AUGGCCGAAGAGGUGAGCUAUGAUGUUGUGGUCACGGAUCCUGAUAUUGCCAAGUUCUCCGGCAUCGUGAACUCGUGCGAUGUGCUGAUGCGUGUUCAUGGAUCAGCGCUUAACAACAUGGUUUUCCUUCUUGGAAACGCUGCGGUGAUCCAACAAAUGAAGCUGAACGACAUGGAGUACAGUAUAAAUGACGAGGAAACUACACUCUCCGAACUGUGUCCCGGAGAUCAUGCAAUUUUCAAGGUCCCCAAGUCACUGCAUCCUCAAAAAGCAGAUUGGGAUACAUUUUCCAGGAUUUUCCUGAAAGAACAGAAUGUGAAGCUUGAUGUGAGAUAG